UGUCAAGACGGCCGCAUAUCAUUCGUACAGGAGUAUCCUCUCUGCCCUGCUGCGACUUAUCCCACACUUUCAAUCUCUCUUUAAUGGGAAGGAGGGGGAUUUUCAACAACGGCCCAGGGGCCGGUUUAGCAUUGAGCUCUCAACCAGUGAUCAAGUCGACGCCUUCGGUAACCCUCGCUGUGCCGUCGUUCGAUGCACAUCUGCAAAGCCAAGGAUGCCAACCUGGAAUGAGCUUUCCGUCACCAACUGGCGGCCAGCUUAAUGCAAGCCCGAAUAGCGUAGCUUAUGAUACACAGUCUCCCGGGCAGUCUUCUGCACCGUUGAUACUUUCUAUGCCCGUGCCCAACGUUUGCAACCCCGUGGGUAUCCAUACGCCGCCGCCGCCACCACCACUACCUGUGGCGCCAGGACAUGUUAUUACUCUGAUUCCCAUUGUGCCCGGAGAGGUCAACCGGUACGAGAGGCAUGUUCCAGUUAAAGAUGUGUAUGCAGCGUUUAAGGUUGAGAAAGGUCCUCUCGACUGUUCCAAGGAACUUGAUACUGUAGCAGGAUGGGAGCCUCUCACGCACCCGGAAGGGGCUCUGUUCUUUUGUCAUCCGAAAGAAAGAGUUUUCACUGAUGCCGAUGUUCGAGACCAUGUAACAAUAGGUGAAGCCAUCAAGGAAGCGCACAGAAAAGCGCGUGAAGCAAACAUCUCCAUGCCUCGACUCGUCGAGCUAGUGUUGGAGCGUAUCGUGACUGAUGGCGUAGAGAAGUGGGGUUACUACUUUGCUGAUCACGACAAACGCGUUGUUUUCUGGUUCGAAGAUCACACAUCUGAUCUCCUUAUGAACAAAAUUCGAGGUGUAGAGCGUAAAAGCCACGUUAGGUAUGCACUAGAAUCGCAGUACUGGAAACAUAUCGAACUAUUUCCAAACAAACGCUCCCUCCCGGAAGAUGUCGUCGUGAAACUCAAAGAAAUUAUCAUGCUCGCUCAGGCAGAAAAUAUCACUUCUGAAUCAUGCCUAGCACCUUUUGCUUCGAAUGAGGUUGAUAGUAUGCUCGGCCUUGUGGAUUCGCUCAUGAGUAGUAUUAACAAAGAGCGUGAGCACUCCGUGUGGAUUGCCGCCCGAUUUACGAGACUUUUAUGCAAUGCCAAGUUUGUGAAUUUUUGUGGACAACCAGGCGCCCGACUCGGAGUAGACCAAUCGUUAUACGAAAAACCCAAUAUUCGCUCGAAAAGGAUCCUUCGCGUCAUGAAUGUUUUUCUGUUCGGAUCAUUUGAUGUUCAGAGCAAGGGUAUUCACAGAAUAUGGGUCGAUGAAACCAUGGUUCAGCCACGGUGGAAGAAUUUUAUCGAUAGGCUUACCACUGAAUGGAAUGGAUAUGCAAUAUAUUCCACUGUGAUGCUUGCCGUUGAUAUCAGCUUUCUUGCGGUCCCAACUGUCCAAACUGAAAUGGCUGCAACCCUUCUAGCAUAUCUGUCUACCCUCUGCGUCAUGGGCUCGUUAGUGGUCUCGCUGGCCUUGGCCGGACAAGUUAAUGACACCCGACGACGCUCUGCUGAAGAGGUGGUGCGUUUCCUUUCUAUUUUAUGACUUGUAUUCUUUCUCCAUGUCCACAGGCCUCUUUCAUGGUAGGGAUGUCGCGUUCUAUGCUUGGCCUCGAGAGCCUUGCCCUCAUGCUGAGUCUGCCGUUUGCACUUCUGAUUUGGGCAAUGGCGUUCUUUGCUGCAGCCUUGUCUGUCCUAAUUUUCUGCACUGCUGGCGUUGUCGUCGUCUCGAUUG